AUCGCAACUGAGAAGGUCUCCUUCGAUGAUCGAGGUGACCUCACUCUCAGAGUCGGCAGCUUAGAGGAUGGCGGCGCCGACGUGUUCGAAUUCGUCGUUUGCUCUAGGGCACUAGCACGUGCGUCUCCCGUAUUUCGGGCAAUGCUCUUUGGUGGAUUCUCGGAGUCCAAGCCUGAGGGAGACACCUGGAUCGUGAAGCUUCCCGAAGACCGCCCUGCGCCCUUCUUCAUCCUCCUCAACAUCAUCCAUGGCCGCUUCAGGGCGGUCCCACAGAAGCUUAAACUGGACGAGCUCUAUCAGCUGCUUGUUGUCACGAACAAGUAUGACAUGUUGUCGGUCAUAUUCCAGUGGGCACCAUCCUGGUUCGAACCUUUCAAGACCCUCGAGGCAAGCAUAGAAGGGAACGAAAGACUACUCUGGAUUGCUUGGGAGCUCGGGGACAAAGGGGCUUUCGAAUUGAUGAGUCGAAAUCUCGUUCUUGGUUCUGGCAUUGAUAACGAAGGACGUCUCAUUGAUAAGAAAGGGGUACCCCUCAACACUUACGAUUGCUACGAGGCCACCGACAUACUAGAUUCUAUCACGAAGGCCCGACAGAAUCUUGUGAACGAUCUAAAUGGACUUUUCCACAACGCCAUAAGGAAAGCGUUGAAGAACCGAGGAUGCAUUAGAAAAGAAAAGCCUAAAGUAUCUACUAGUUCCCAAGCUGUUGUUGGCCAUUCUUCUCCGAGCGAUGGCCGAAUACCCUUUCUCGGACAAGUCAUUAUCCUUUGGACGAGGCUUUCCAUUAUGAGGCCCGACUAUCGAGUAGUCCAUGAAGAAUGCUCCCCUUUAGCUUAUAUUACAGCAAGAUUCGAAGCGUCAAUUAACGGGUUUAGUUUACCAAUCUUGGAAAACCAUCUCAACUACAUGAGGAGUCAGGCCGGGAAGACUGCAAUUGGCGGAUAUGGACCAGCAGAGACGGGGGAGCCACGAACGAAGAAGCCCAAG